AUGGGCGACGCGGUGGCGCAGGUCCGCGCGGCUAUCGGCGCCCUCUACGGAGCGGACGUCGCGCGUCAGAAGGAGGCUAACGAAUUCCUGGUUCAGCACGUGUCGACGGAUGCGGCGUGGAGCACCUCCCUGGCGCUCGUGGCGGACGAUCCGUCCAACCCCCCGGACGUUCAGUACUUCGGUGCGAACAUGAUGUACGGGAAGGUGAAGGGGGACUGGGGGAAGCUGCCGGAGCCGCACCGCGGGCCGUUCGUGCAGGCCGUGAGCGGUGCGCUCACGACGCUGUUGCAGAGACCGGCGUCGGUCCUCGCCGCCAGGAGGCUGUGCAUGGUCAUGGCGGCGACGUCGGUGCGAUCGGGAGGCGAGGCGACCGACGCCUUGGUCCAGCAGGCGCUCGACUUUGCGCAGCGAGGCUUCGCGUCCGGGGCGGUGGAAGGGGUGACGCUGGCGCUGGAGAUCCAGGCUGCCGUGGCGGAUGAGGUCGGCGAUCAGAGGUUCGACGUCAAGACCGCGCUGGCGUGCGCGCUGGUGCCCCGGAUCGUCGAGGUUCUCGCCACCUCGGAGCGGGUCCUCGAGGCGUCGGUCGGAGGGAACCAAUCGUCCCUCGCCGGUCUCAGGUCCGCGGCGCUGCACGCGGCGCUCGCGUGGCUCAGGAUGGACUCCGGCGGCGGCGGUGGAUGCGUUUUGUCCCCGGGGCAGCUCGCGCAGUCCAGACGGGGGCUCGUCGUCGGGGCGUUGGAGGCGAUGGCGGCGGAGGACUCCGCCGUGGCUGACGCGGCGACGGAAUUUUUCAUCGCCGUCGUGCAGCCGGGCGCGCCGGAAUCCUCACCCGCGGAGGAAGCCGCGGCGAUCACGGGCAUCGUUCAGGGUUUACUAUCCCACGGCGAACGGGUUUUGGCCGCACGCGACCGCGUGGCCACCGAGGACCUGGCGAGGAACGUGUGUAAGGUUGCGACGGCGCUGUGCGAGAGGGACGCAAACGCCGCCGCCGGCGCGGCGGCUUGGGACCCAAACGCCCCAGCCGCCGCUCCUUCUCCCGAGUUCCUCUCGCUGACCGAGACGGUGCUGAGGCUGACGGAGUCACACGAACGGCCGGUGAUGGAGGCUGCGGCGGACUACUUUCUCAUGCUGAACACCGUCCCCACGUCGCAGAGACACCCGAGCGCGGGUGAGCCGCUCUUUCGACGCCUGGCAUCCGCGUGCCUGAACAAAGCCGAACUUCCCGCCGACUUUACGUCGUGGGAGGAGGCGGACGAGGACAGGGACACGUUCGUGCGAUUCCGCGAACAGAUUCUGGCGGAUCUCCUGGAUAACUGCCAGGCGCAGAUGCGGUCGGGGUACCUGGCGGAGGUUGGCGCCGCGCUCGGGGCGGCGUCGUCGUGGCAGCGAGCGGAGGCUUGCGUCUUCGCCGCGAGGGUCGUCGCUUCGCCGCUUCGUCGGGAUAUCCUCGAGCCGUCGACCAUGGCUGGGGGUCCGGAUGCCGAGGCGGAGCGCUCCUCCGCGAUGCUCGAGCAGCUCCUCGGGACGGUGGGCGAGGCUGGCCGCGCCGCGUCCGCGGCGGGUGACGCGGGCUUCGCCGCCAUCGCGGGAUCCAACGUGUUCGGGUCGCAUCCCGUGGUGGUCGAAUCAACCGCGAGGAUGAUCGGGGCGUACGCUCCGUGGCUCGGGGGAACUGUUCGGGGGCACGCGCGACAGGAGACGGUGCUCAUGUACCUGCUGUGCGCCCUCAGGGUUCCCGCCGCGUUUCGUCACGCGUCUCACGCGUUCAGGAGCGUAUGCGCCAGGUGCGCCAAGAGGCUCAACGACGCAAACACCGUCGCGUCGCUGCUCGAUUCCGUGCAGAAGACCCUCCCCGCGGCGCCGCCGAAAACGGCCGAGUCCUCCGACGGUAAGAAGGACGAUGAUGACGACAGGUCCGCGGUCAUCGAGGGCAUCGCGCGGGUCAUCGCUUCCAUGCCGGAUCCAACCGCAGCCGCCGACUUUGCCAAGCGGCUCGCCGCGCCCGUCGCGGCUCGGGCGCGGGAACACAUGAACGCCGCCGCCAACCUGGCCCAGGCCCGUUUGGACCUUCUCGGCGCCGAGGUUCGGUUGAUCGCCGCCGCCGUCAGGUUCCUGGAGUUUGCCAACCUCGUGGACGUCAGGGGCGUCAUCGUGGAGCACCCCGCCAUCGCGACCCUCUCCGCAGCGUGGCCCACCCUCUCGGCUCUCAACGCCGAGCCGUGGAGGUCCGCCCCGGAGGUUGUGGACGCCCUGUGCGAGGUAUACACCAGGUGCCUGUUGUGCGCCAAGACGAUGGCCGCGCCCUUACUCCCCCACCUUCUCGAAGCGUUGCGCGACGCGUUCGUGGCGCACCGUCACCCGUCCUGCCUGGACGCGCUCGCCGUCGCCGUGGAGGUUUUCUCGGCGCCCGACCCGACGCAGCCCGGCGCGUCCCGGGUGCGUGACCCCAACACGGCGGAAUCGUUCGCGAACGCCCUCCUCGCGUGCGCCCAGGCGGCACACGCGUCCCUGAGCCAAUCGCCCAUCGCGGAACAGGCUGACGUGGCGCGUGCAACCUUCGAGCUCGCCAACAAGUACGCCCUCUUCGCGCCGGAUGUGUUACUCUCGUCUCCCGCGCUCCAACCCCUGAUGGGCGCGGCGCUUGUCGCGAUCGGCACGAACGAGAGGGACGUCGUGAGGGCCGCGCUGGGCAUGUUGUCGGCGUUGAUCGAGCCCGGGCGCAAGGCUGGAUCGACCGCCACGUGGCAGAACGGCCGGGUCGUCGUCGACGCGUGGGUGACGUCGGCGGGGGGCGGCGACGCGUUGGUUCGCGCCUUGCUCUCAGCCGGCGGUAACAAUUGCCCCCGGCACCUGCUGCGACCCGUCGCGCAGCUGCUGCACGCGGUGCGGGGCAGGUACGGCCAGAUAACGGACGCGUGGUUGAGCUCGGCGGUGACCGACCCAUCGUUCCCGUCCCCAAACGAUCCGUGCGACGACGACGCCAGGCGGGUGUUUUGCGAGCUGGCCACGCGGACGGGCGACCCGCUGCCGCCGCAGCGGUGGUCGGCGAUGGUGGUGGACUUCUUCCAGAUCUGUCGCAGGGAGGCGGACAAGGACGCGCUCCUGGCGCACCAGAUGUGA